AAGAGGAAGAAGUGUACAGUGACAGUCAAUUGACCUGUCUCUGCUCUCUACGUGCAAUAAAAGCUCACAUCGCACUACUUUACGCUCGAUUUUAGAUUUAUAGGGUGCAAAUGAGCUACACGCUUAAGGACAUCAGCUGAUACACACUGAUACCGAAAUGGCGGACAGUGAAAUGGACUACAAUAUCGUGUUUCCAGAUGCAGGGACGUCGGAGAGGCACUGGCAGGGGACAAAGGAGCCAGUAGUGAUCCUUUUGGGUUGGGCUGGCAGCAAAGACAAACACCUGUCCAAGUACAGCUCCAUUUACAACGAACAGGGAUGCGUGACUAUCCGCUACACAGCCCCCAUAAAGACCGUCUUCAUCUCCGAAUCCUUUGGCUACAAGGAGCUGAGCAGUAUCGCCCUGAAGCUGCUGGAAAUCCUCUUUGACUAUGAGGUGGAGAGCAGUCCUAUUUUCUUUCACGUUUUCAGUAAUGGCGGUUUUAUGUUGUACCGGUACAUUGUAGAGUUCUUGCACACCGACAAACAGUUUAGCUCCUUGAAUGUAAUCGGGGCCGUGGUUGACAGUGCCCCCGGUAGUGGUAAUGUGCGAGGGGCUCUGCGUGCGCUCAAAGCCAUCCUUGGACCUCAAAUCAGCCCCGUCCUCAGGUACAUCCUCCUAUCCCUUUUCGCCGUGACUGUUUUUAUGUUAAGAAUCGUGUUGUACCCCUUGACCAAGUAUAUACACAAGAAUCACUAUGACGCAGUAAGGGAUAAUCCACCUGCAUGGCCUCACUACUACCUGUACUCCAAAGCGGACCAAGUCAUAAGACACAAGGACGUUGAGGAUUUCGUGGAGAGCUUCAGGCGAAAAGGCGUCCAGGCAGAGUAUUUUGAUUUUGGUUCCAGCUCGCAUGUCAGCCAUUUCCGGGAUUUUCCUGAAGAGUAUGCAGCCAAGUGUCGUAGCUUUCUGGUGACGUGCAUGAAGGAUUUAGAAGGGACAGAGCUGAAGAGGAGACAUCACGUACAAAGUCAAAAUCAAUGAUGACUUAAAAUCAACAAGAACAGUUUGUCUUAACUCACAAUGGACCACAAAACUAAUUAUACAAUCCCAAUAAAUGCAAAAAGCUGUGGCAAUGUGUAAAAUGGUAAUAUUUACUUUAUUGACAACAGUUAAAAUCCAAUAAAAUCCAAUUAGACAUCAUUAAACAAAAUUCUAAAAUAUUUUACCAUUUCACGUAAAAGCAGUACUUUCUUUUUGCACUGGCCUUUGCAGCAACUUCUUGUAGCUAGUUUUUUCUUCUAAUUGGUGUUGAAGCUUUUAGCUUAUUUGUUACAUGAUCAAAGGAGGUAGUCUGUCCAUUGAACCAUGAAGGUAAAUACACCUGUAGUGUCUGUAUAUGGCAUUUUAAAAAGGCAGUGGAGUAAAAUAUUGAUAUUGUGUGCAUGGGAUGAUACCUCAAGCAGCAGCUGUGCAAUUGCACAUUAAUCGAUGCUUGCGAGGAUCAUCCCAUGGCAGACAGAACAAACUCUUACCAUAUCCACCACAGAGUUUGUUUUGCUCCACAUUUUACACAGUGCCACAUGUUGUAUUGGGGUUGUGAUUAGCAUUCUGAUGCACUUGAUCCUUAAGGCUCUGGUUAAAACUGUUAGUGCCACUGUGUUUGGCAGUAAAGCCUUACCCUGUCCACUCCUACUACUCCUGAAAGGAAUACCGUAACCACAAAACUAAUCAUACACUGGAUUAGAUUGAGUUAUUUAGGAUAAUAAAUUGUAUUAAAUAUUGCUGUGAAAUGUGAUGCAUUGUAGAUUAGUAGUUGUUAACUUAAAGGCUGUUAGAAGAAGGAAGAAAAGCAUUAUUGUUCUCUAUUUAUUAAAAAUCAUGUUUAUCCUUAACUCCAUAUUGUAAGGGCUGCUUACAUUAAGGAACAGAACCUACCUUUGUUUGGAAAUGUAAAGAAAAUGCCCCCUUGUUUGAGUAAUUUAAAGAAUGAAUUUACUAAAACGUAUGUCCAACUAUUGUGUUUAUUCAACUGAUGUGCCUUCAAUAAAUCUGAAUGCUCCUUCAA